GUCACUUGUCACUCCGGUCACUCCUGUCACUCGGUUGUCAUGCCCACAAACAUGUAAACAUAACCGAUUAACAUUUUCUAAUUUCGCGGACCCCGUCCUCGCCCCCACAAAAUGUACAUCGUGUGGUGGUUCUUCUCCUACUACCUUCGCCCCAUCAUCAAAUGGUUCCUCCGCAAAACCACCGGCCUGUGCGAACUCCAACGAAUCUGCUACGGCAAAGUCAUCGGGGCCCCACGCACGAACGCCGUCGAGUACUCCCUAACCAUGUCAAAGUCGCCCCAAAUCCGCCAACUCAUCCAACACCUCAACGACGUCAGCGACAACACCAGGUUCACUGGACUCAACCAGAAGGAACUGACCACCGGGGCCUUAAACACCGUAAUGAUUGUCAAAAAAAUCAACCCGAAAAUACACUUCCAGUUCGUGAUUAAUUUCACGCAGUGCGUGGAGCAGGUGUGGGGGUACAGGCAACUGGUGGCUGAAGUGGAGGAGUUGAGGAGGACUACGUAUGACGCGGACGAUUUUACCCAUGAGAGGAAACUGUACGAUUUGUGGGAGAAGUUGAUGCCGGAUGAGGCGCUAGAGGGGCGCAUUACGAAGCAGUGGCAGUAUAUAGGGUUCCAGGGGGAUGACCCGAAGACGGAUUUCAGAGGGAUGGGGUUAUUAGGGUUGGAAAAUCUUCUAGCGUUUGCUACAGAUUAUCAAGAUGCGGCUUCCUAUGUGUUAUCACAUUCCCAUCAUCCGGUUUAUGGAUACGCGUUUGCUAUAGUGGGGAUUAAUCUAACGAGUUUGGCGUGGAAUUUACUUAAGCAGGGGAACGCAAAGACUUAUUUUUUUAACAUGAGUAAGGGUUUUCCCACAAUGAAACUUUUCCACCAGUUUUAUAGUUACUUGUUUUAUGAGUUUGAUAAGUACUGGAUUGAGUGUAAACCAAAGGACAUUAUGGAGUUUUCUAGUAUUAAAGACAGUUUUGAGUGUAAUAUUAGGAACGCGUUGCAGGAUCCUACGGCUGUUUUUAGGAUUAAUUUCAGUGUUGACACGAUUUAGUUAGGGUUUGUGAUAUUAGUGUGACGCUUUUAAUGCCAUGUUUACACUUUUCGAAUUAUGGAAGCAAAAAUUAAAUAGCAAUAAGUAGAUUUGUAAAUAUUUUGUAUUUUUUGCUGGAUGUGUGUUUCUUGCUAAGAUUUUUUUAACUAGAAAUAUAUAGUUGGUAGUUUUUUGGAAAAUGAAACUCUCUAGGCUAAGAACACCGUGAUGGUUCUGAACAUUCUAAAUAAAGCAAAAUUUUUAAAA